AUGACCAACUUUGAGAAGUCGGUAAAGGGGGCUACUAAGCUCAAGCUUGCGGCCCCUAAAUCUAAAUACGUUGAAACCAUUCUGGUGGCGACUCACACCGGCGAGGCGGGCGUCGCAGAGAUCUUCCGAACGCUUCAGCAUAGACUCCGAGACUCAGCAUGGACAAUCGUGUUUAAGGCCCUGAUCAUCGUUCACCUCAUGAUCCGGGAGGGUCAGCAGGAUGCAGCGCUGUCGUAUCUCUCGGACAACCCGAAGAAGAUCGCGCCCAGUAACUUCUCCGAAGCGCAAUCACAGGGACAUAACAUCCGGCGAUAUGCCGAGUAUCUCAUGACGCGCGCCAAAGCGUUCGAUGCCACCAAGACCGACUACGUGCGGAGCGGACCCGGGCGUCUAAAGCGACUGAGCGUGGAUAAAGGUCUUUUAAGAGAAACGGAAGUUGUACAGAAGCAAAUCCGUGCGUUGUUGCGAUGUGAUCUGUUGACAGAUGAACCCGAGAACGAGAUCAGUUUGACUGCAUUCCGCCUCCUUACACUCGAUCUUUUGACGCUGUACUCGGUUAUGAACGAGGGAACUAUCAAUGUUUUGGAGCAUUACUUUGAAAUGUCAAGGCCGGAUAGUGAACGCGCCUUGGCAAUAUACAAGACCUUUACGAAGCAGACGGAGGAGGUGGUUCAGUUCUUGGGUGUUGCGCGGCACUUUCAGUCCGCCACCCGGUUGGAGAUUCCGAAGCUUAAACAUGCCUCCACCGACCUGGCGCGCCUUCUUGAAGAUGACUUGAAUGAUCCGGACUUUGACCUUCGCAGGCGAGAAUACUUGGCCGGUAAAGGGAUCAAGAAGGAUGGGCGCGCACCGACUUCUGGUGCCGAGUCCGCCUUCGCGGAGUCUUCCUCUAGCAAUCAACCCAAGCCCGUGUCAAACCCGCCCAGGCAGCCUGAAACGCAGAAGCAAGCCCCUACGGAUCUGAUUGAUUUCUUCGACUCUAUUGAGCAGAACCAACAGUCAAUGGCCCAGCCCGGUGGAAUGCCGUAUCAACAACCAGGCUUCCAGCAGCAGCAACAGCCACAACAGGCAUUUUACCCUCAACAGACUGGUUUCCCUCAGCAGCCUCAAGCCACCGGGUUUGGCCAGCAGAACCCAUAUGGCCAAGGUUUCCCCCAGCAAAACACUGGCAACCCCUUCGGCCAACAGCAAAUACAGCCGCAGCCGCAGCCGCAGCCACUCCAGUCGAUGCCCACCGGUGCUGGAUUUGGUGGAUAUACAGCGCAGCCACAGCAAUCCUAUGGAUAUCAAUCACAGCUGGCUCCCAUCCCGCAGAAUGCGGUUCCUUCAUUCUCUCAACAGCCACAACAGCUCCAACAGCCACAGGCGUUGCAGCCGCAACAUACUGGGACCAACCCAUUCCGGCAAUCUAUGAUGCUGAAUAACCCCACGGGUGGUGCACCCCCUGCACCCGCCGCCCCUCUUCAACGGCAGAACACAAACCCAUUUGCCAAGCGUCUUUCCAUGGCACAGCCCAGCUAUAAUCAGGGAGCCCCCGAGCCCGUACCUCAGGUUCCCCAGAUCCCCCAAGCACAAGCACAGCCACAAGCCCUGCAGCCCCAGCGCACAGGAACUAACCCGUUCGCUCGGAGCGCAUCCGUGCCGCCUCCUCAGAAUGGGGGACUGCAGCCUCCAGCUGCAGCUCCUCUGGGGCCUAACCCGACUGGAAGUACCAACCCCUUCCGCCAGAGUCAGUUUAUCAAUCAGCAGACUGGUCAAGGGUGGCAAACCGGGCAAAAUGGUACAAUGGGCGGGCUUGAACAGAUGGAGACAGUCCCCGUUUUCCCGCGACCGGGCAUGGCAUAA